AUGGACACGUACUUAGUUGACUUCUGGUCACACAAAUGGUGUGGAGAAAUCUCACUACAGUCCCUAUUGCCCGAGCUUUUUAAUAAAGUAGAGCUCAAGGUGUGCAAUGUGAAAGAUUGUUUUUCUACCAACGGAUGGAGAUGGAGAUGGAGAAAAAUCUUGAAAGGAACUGAAUCAGAAAGUCAACGACUUGGAUGGGCAAUUCAGGCGUUUAACGAGCUGCUCUCUAAUUUUCAUACGGUAAAUAGUCGGGAUAAUUUAUGCUGGCGGUGGAACAAGGGGCAAGGAUUUAUAGUUAAGUCUGUGUAUGAGAUGUUUAAUGAUAGGGGAGUUAAAGAUGAUCUACCAGCUAAGAUAUGGAGAUUACGCGUACCAAAGAAAGUGAAGAUCUUCAUUUGGCUAGUGCUAAAGAAAAGAAUUCCCACUAUAGAUAAUUUAAAUAAGAGAGGGUGGACAGGGAAUCAAUCCUGUGUUCUGUGUGCAUGUGCGCAAGAAACAGUGGACCACCUACUUUUGACAAUUGUGUUUAGUCGCUUUCUUAUGACGCGUACUUUUGAUGAGGCAAUGGAUGUCCAGUUUGACGAUGAUAUUAGAGGCUUUUGGGAGAAGGAGAUGGAAAGAGGGAACGGUCAGGCAGCUGUAAAGAGGCAGUGCUCCUUGGCAGCAAUCUGGUGGGUGCUCUGGAGACAGAGAAAUAAUGUUAUUUUCAAAAAUUGA